AUGGUAAUCAUUCCUAAGGAAUACACCGUGGUAGCUGAGGUACCUGAUGAGUAUAGAGGCUUGUCAGAGUUCAGAAAAGGGAAUCCUCCCCAAUUUACAGGUGUUGAUGGACCUGAAGUUGCUGAUCAGUGGAUUGAGGAGAUGGAGAAAAUCUUCAUGGUGAUGCAUUAUCCUGAGGAAAGGAAACUAGUUUAUGCUGUUUAUAUGUUGGUGAGUGAGGCUAGUUUCUGGUGGAAAGGUGCUCAAGUUAUGAUGGAGGCUAGAGGGGAGGCGGUAAAUUGGGAAAAUUUCAAAAAGGUAUUCCUAGAGAAAUAUUUUCCAGAUAGUGCCAGAUAUGCUAAGGAAGCUGAAUUUUUGAGACUGCAACAAGGAAAUAUGUCAGUGCAAGAGUAUGUGGUCAAGUUUGAACACUUGGCUAGGUACUAUUCUCAAGCUAUCUCUGAAGCAUGGAGAUGUAGGAAGUUCAGUGAGGGUUUAAGGUAUGAGCUGAAAAAGACUAUUGUUCCUAUGGGGAUUAUGGAGUUCCCAGUUCUAGUUGAAAAGGCAAAAACAGUUGAGAGAUUUGAAGGAGGAAAUAGAGUGGCAAAGGGUACAGAGGGAUCAACUGGAUUUGGGAGGGGGAAACAUCCUCAAAAGAGACCAUCUCAGUUUCAAAUUGGAAAUGCUAAUAAGAAAUCAAUACGGACUACUACUACAGGAGUUGUUUAG